CUCGCGCCUUUUUUUUCCUGCGUGGUGUGUGUGUGGAAAUUAAAGAAGGUCCACACACAAGAGCACGUCCGAGCGAACCCACGCGUGAAGGCGGAUGAGAAGACGACAAUGAUGUUCUUGCUCUUACUUCUACUCUGCAUACACUGUCCUGUCAGUAUGUCAGUGACAGUGAGUUCCUCUAAAACCAAAGUAGAGGUCCAUGAACACACAGAUGCCGUUUUGUCCUGCGACUUCCGCACCGAGAAGGACCAGAACCCUCGAAUCGAGUGGAAGAAGAAAGGAAAAGCUGUAACCUUUGUCUACUUUAACAACAAAUUUACUGGCUCAUACGCUGGCCGGGCCAACGUGGAAGGAGCCACUCUGACCAUCCACUCGGUGACACAGAAAGAUUCGGGGGAGUAUCGCUGUGAAGUGACCGCCGGCGAUGACCACGUCAGCUUUGGAGAGGCCACAGUCACCCUUGACGUACACGUGCCGCCCCACAUCCCAUCUUGCGAGGUGCCCCGCUCGGUGUUUGUGGGCUCCGACCUGGAGCUUCUGUGCAAAGACAAGCAGAGCGUGCCCCCGGCGACGUACAGUUGGUACAAAGACAACAGGGCUCUGAAAGUCUCGUCUGACACGCCGUACAGCAUGGACACUCGCAGAGGCACGUUGAAGUUUACAAGUGUUUCCAAAGUGGAUUCUGGGUUGUAUCGCUGUGAAUCCUCCAACAAUGUGGGGGCACCCAAGAGCUGCGUGGCUCGGCAACUCAAAGUUAUUGACUAUCCAUUGGACAUCUCCGUUUUGAUCGCUGGCGCCUCAAGUUUUGUGAUUCUCACGCUCCUCUGUUGCAUCGGUGUGUGCGUAUGCCGACGUCAAGGAUUUUGCAAGAAAGAGAAGAAAACAAACAGUUUGUCUUUCAGUGCCAAGUCGUACAACCCUCCUCCUCCUCCAGCUAUUCAUAACAUCAAGACCUACAAACCAACCCAGUCUUUCAUGAUCUGAAUUGUGCAAUGAUACCAAAGUAAUCCAGAAUUCAACAUUUAUUAUUCAAUGCACGGGAAUUGUUAGCCCACGCUGGUAUUUUCUCAAGACCAAAACCUAAAGCAGACUUUUGUCAUGAUCUUUGCUGGACCCCACAAUUGUGACUGAAAAGCAGUUUCUGUCAUGUCUAACACUGGGCUUUUUUUUUUUUUUUUUUUUAAACAAGGGUUGAUUAUUUGUUGUUUCUGUCAGGAGUGAAGAAAUUCAUCUCUCACAAAAGGUGCCAGUAUUAGUUUAUUUUGGUGGACUCCAAGUCCCAUUGCAUUUGAUCUACAGUAUUUUUUUCACACACAAGACCUUUAUUUUUCUUAUGUUCGUAUCAUAUACGCUGUUUUACUAAACUGUCUGUUUGCGUGUAAAUGUGCUGUAUACUCUUUCACUUUUGUUUGCGUGUGAAUUAAGAAACAAAUGAACAGGUGUCUGGAAACACUGAAGGAUCUUUGUCUGGAAGCUGAAAGCAAUAAACACCACCGCUGGAUCAGAGAGGUCAUCGAAAUCCACAACUGAGGUCACAGAAGUCUGAACUAAGCUCGUACAUGGGAUGCCGUUUUUGCGAAGACUCCAGACAGUAGGGGGCGCAAACUCCCCCUGUUGUCUGGCCGAAGCAAGAAACUUAUAAGAUACGUCACUUUUCCAUCUGAGAAAAACUACAGGAAGUAGCCGAAACAUGUACAGCAAAGGUAAAACUUUUUUUCUGUCUGACCAAAAGAACCAUUUAAAAUAGUAAACGGAAAAAAAGAAGACCGUAUGAAUUUUCACAAACAAUUUUUGUCUGAAUUUCAACAUUUUUGUUUUAGGAAAUCGCACAUCCUCCUUAGCAGAAAAAAGUUAUGUAUUUUUUUUAGGCCUACAAGCCUCAUAUUUUAAAAUGACUUGUUAGUCUUUUUAAACGUUUGUAUUAAAAACACGGAUGAAUCAAAUGCAUAUUACAUGAAUAAUAUUUUAUGAACACAAUUCCUAUUUAAAAUGCUUUAAUUUAAUAAGUAAAGUUUUGUUUAAAAAAAGUCAAUAUAGUUGCAUGAAAAAACCCUGAAUCAUCCAUUAUUGGUUAAUUUAACAUAACAGAACUACGUGAAUAAAUCACAUUUCCCCCCCCAAAUCUUCAUUCACAGUAACAACCAACUUCACACUAUUCAUUUACUUUUAAGUAAAUAUAAUUAAAUGAACUAAGUACACAUUUUCCCAUUAAUGUCUAAGCACAUUGUGUGCAAUAUGCAGUACUAAACGUCAGGCACACAAUCUAAGAUGACCUUUAUGUGCAAAGUUGACAGUAUUUUGUAUAUCUAACGCCAUUUUACAAACAACGAAUUUUUUAAGUGUAAAGCUCAGUGCAGCAGAGAUGAAUGUUGUACUACUGUUACAUAGCCACAAGAGGGAGACACUGCACUGAAUGUUGGUGUCUUGAUCAACUGAAGGUGACUUUUUUUUCACAUUGCAUGAACUGAAUGUAACAAUAGUUUAGUUAAUAUUGUAUUUGAUUUUGCUUCCUCCUAUUAUCCUUGUCAUUGUUUUCCUACCUAGUCUAUUAAACGUUUUGACAUGCA